UAUAAGAAACCUUGUCAACCAAAAAUAUAAUUCUUUUACAUUUAAAUACGUAAUUAUACAGAAUUUGCUCAUCUAUUUUCAAUUGCGAUGCUUUUGUUGAACAGAUUAUUUUUUAACAGGGAUCGUUUUCGCAAUCAUACUGACUAACGUUUACUAACAGCUGUCAGCCGGUCAUUCUGUAUUGCCCUUCCUAAAUACGCUCAAAAAUUUCGUAACCAACCUUGGUUGUUUCUCAGUUGAAAAUUUUAUGAUAAAUCCGUCGAUUGGACGGGAAACCUAAAUAUCGACGACCGCUCGAGCACCAUUCAAAGAUAUAAAUGAAGUUCUUUUCCUCAGUACAAUAAGUCAAGCCCUUGCCUUUUGGGUACCAACAUAAAGAAAUAAAUCAGCUGCUCAAAACAGUCAUAAGAAGUACAGCUCGACGAGAAGAUUGAGAUCACAGAAAUCAUUCCGAACAACUUGUUAAAUCAGAAAUCAGAAAACAAUGAUGACAAUAAAUAUUGUGCCCGCUGUGGAAGUUAUCAGUAACGAGAAACGCACUUAAAGACACCGAGCGAUGCCAAGUCGUUGCCUGGGUAGUGCUUUCCUUACACAGAUGUUCUAACUGUCAAAAGUGUUGUUCAAAUCUUCGUUAUAAUUAUUGUGUUGUGAAUGUAAGAGUUCAUUACCUCUGCAGUUUACAUGUGAACAUGUUUACCAGCUAGGAAGUUUUGAUAUUUAGAAGAAAAUAAGUGUGGUUUGAUUGAAACAGCCUUCCUACAAGUAAACUUUCGGCUUAAUUAAAUGCUUAAGCUUUAAAGUACGAAAGGAAAGGCUGCCGACAAAUGAUUAUAUAUAUAAAUCGAUGCAGGGAUAACUUUUCACCGUGGUGGAAACUGUUUACCAUAGGGCUAGUUUAGAUGCAGAACCGAAAUUUCGCCCUAUAAUAAACUGUGUCAACCAAAAAGAAUCUUUUUUUACCCUGUUUGCUCUUCUAUUUUCAUUUGCCAUGUUUUCGUCGCACAGACGCCAGUCAAUCUUUCUUAUAGGGAUCGUUCUCGCCCUCACACUUACUAAUAUUUACUGACAUUCGCCGUCAUUCGUGUUUUGCCCUCUUUUGCGAUUUAAUCCCUGUUAAUAACUUAACUUUCGGCUUACAUUCUUAAGCUUUUCAAAACUGAGAACCAAAAUUUCGCUCUUUGCGAAUUUACGUUAACCAAAAUGAAUCCUUUUUAACUUAAAUGUGUAUUUAUGAGGUGCUUACUCUUCUGUUUUCUUUUGCAAUGUUUUCAUUGCAGACAUGUUCACAGAUGUAGCCUCCGAACCUGGUUAUCUCUUCAACACAUUUCUUUUCAGAUUUAUAUGUAAAAAAUAAAAGCAUUGACGUCAACUUGACCAUUAUCAAAAUGCAUAAAUGAGGCUCUGCAUUUGUCCUACAGUUAGUCAGACCCUCGUCAUUUGGGUAGAAACAUAUCAAAUAAAUCAGCCACUCAUCAUAUAAAGUACAAGAGGAUCAAGACCACAGAAACCCUUCCGAGCACUUUGCUAGAUCAGAACACGACCAUGAAAAUAAUUCUUGUGCCUAUUUGCCUGCUAAUGCUUCAGUGGAAUUUAUCAGUAAUGACACACAGACUAAAAAAGGACGAGCCCAAGAUAUCACAUGGAGUUCCUCAAGAGAGGAUGCGUUCUCUCCAGCCACAGUCAAUUACUAAAUUUGGACGAUUAACUGAUGGCAAUCCUACCACUCCAUGGACAAGAAAUGGUAGGUCUAUAAGACCACAGUCAAUAACAAGAUUUGGACGAUCAGCUGACACCAAACCUAUUCAUGGAGGGAAAAACUACUUUAGGUCUAGGAGACCAGAGUCAGUAAUACCUUUUGGGAGGUCAGCAGAUAAGAAUCCUAUCAACCAAUGGACAAGAGAAGUUAAGUCUAUCAGACCACAGCCAAUCACAAGAUUUGCACGAUCAGCUGAUAGCAAUCCAUCCUAUCAAUGGACAAGAUACAGAAGAUUUUUGAGACCACAAUCAAUAACAAGAUUCGGACGAUCAGCUAAAGAUAAUCCUUCCAAUCAAUGGACAACAUUCAAAAGAUCUCUGAAACCACAAUCAAUAACACGAUUUGGACGAUCAGCCGAUGGCAACCCUACCAAUUAUUGGAUAAGAUACAGAUCUCCGAGACCACAGUCAAUAACAAGAUUCAGACGAUCAGCUGACGGCAAUCCUACCAUUCAAUGGAAAAGAUACAAAAUAUCUCCGAGAGCACAAUCAAUAACAAGAUUUGGACGAUCAGCUGAUGGCAAUCCUACAAACCAAUGGGAAAGAUACAGAAGAUCUCCGAGACCACAAUCAAUAACACGAUUUGGACGAUCAGCCGAUGGCAACCCUACAAAUCAUUGGAUAAGAUACAGAAGAUCUCCGAGACCACAAUCAAUAACAAGAUUUGGACGAUCAGCCGAUGGCAAUCCUACCAUUCAAUGGAAAAGAUACAAAAUAUCUCCGAGAACACAAUCAAUAACAAGAUUUGGACGAUCAGCUGAUGGCAAUCCUACCGAUUAUUGGAUAAGAUACAGAAGAUCUCCGAGACCACAGUCAAUAACAAGAUUCGGACGAUCAGCUGAUGGCAAUCCUACCAUUCAAUGGAAAAGAUACAAAACAUCUCCGAGAGCACAAUCAAUAACAAGAUUUGGACGAUCAGCUGAUGGCAAUCCUACAAACCAAUGGGAAAGAUACAGAAGAUCUCCGAGACCACAAUCAAUAACACGAUUUGGACGAUCAGCCGAUGGCAACCCUACAAAUCAUUGGAUAAGAUACAGAAGAUCUCCGAGACCACAAUCAAUAACAAGAUUUGGACGAUCAGCUGACGGCAAUCCUACCAUUCAAUGGAAAAGAUACAAAAGAUCUCCGAGAGCACAAUCAAUAACAAGAUUUGGACGAUCAGCUGAUGGCAAUCCUACAAACCAAUGGGAAAGAUACAGAAGAUCUCCGAGACCACAAUCAAUAACACGAUUUGGACGAUCAGCCGAUGGCAACCCUACAAAUCAUUGGAUAAGAUACAGAAGAUCUCCGAGACCACAAUCAAUAACAAGAUUUGGACGAUCAGCCGAUGGCAAUCCUACCAUUCAAUGGAAAAGAUACAAAAGAUCUCCGAGAGCACAAUCAAUAACAAGAUUUGGACGAUCAGCUGAUGGCAAUCCUACAAACCAAUGGGAAAGAUACAGAAGAUCUCCGAGACCACAAUCAAUAACACGAUUUGGACGAUCAGCCGAUGGCAACCCUACAAAUCAUUGGAUAAGAUACAGAAGAUCUCCGAGACCACAAUCAAUAACAAGAUUUGGACGAUCGGCCGAUGGUGACCCUACCAAUCAAUGGAUAAGAUAUAGAAGAUCCUCGAGACCACAUUUAAUAAGAAGAUUUGGACGAUCAGCUGAUACCAAUCCUUCCAAUCGGUGGAAAAGAUACAAAAGAUUUCUGAGACCACAAUCAAUAACACGAUUUGGACGAUCAGCUGAUAGCAAUCCUUCCAAUCAGUGGAAAAGAUACAGAAGGUCUCUGAAACCACAGUCAACAACAAGAAUUGGACGAGCAGCUGAUAGCAAUCCUUCCAAUCAGUGGAAAAGAUACAGAAGAUUUCCGAGACCACGAUCAAUAUCAAGCUUCGGACGAUCAGCUGAUGGCAACCCUACCAAUCAAUGGAAAAGAUACAGAAGAUCUCCGAGACCACAAUCAGUAACACGAUUUGGACGAUCAGCUGAUGACAAUGGUACUAUUCAAUGGAAAAGAUACAGAAGAUCGUUGAGACCGCAGUUAAUAACAAGGUUUAGACGAUCAGCUGAUAGCGAUCCUUCCGAUCAAUGGAAAACAUACAGAACAUCUCUAGGACCUCAGUCAAUAACAAGAUUUGGGUGAUCAGGUGAUGACAAUCCUACCAAUCCAUGGAAAAGAUAUAGAAGAUCUCUGAGACCAUAACUAAUUUCAAGAUUUGGACGAUCAGCUGAAAACUUUUUCACCACCUAAAGGACGAGACAUGGGAAAAUGAGGUGAUCAAGAGUGUAUAUAAUACUUGACUGUAUUGUUAGUUACGUACAAAAGAAAGACACAUUCCUACUUAAGGUGAAGAUUUGAAAAAACAAACAAGUAAUCACGGUAUGCUGAGAAGUAAUUUAAUAGAUGAAAAAUGGGUUAAUUAAAGUGAAAUAGUUGUGUGAAAAUUGUGUGAUGUUUGAAAGCUAGAAAAUAUUUUGAAAACCAACUGCUAGGGAAGAGGUAGGUUACAUAUCGCUUCAUCUUCAGCCACUCUUAGUAAAAUAAAUUGAUAAUCGAAAGCUAGAAAAUUGAAAUCUAACGAGUCGGAGAGGCGCAGUUUACACCCGCAUCCACCUUUCAUAACGUAGAGGUUGUGAAGAGAGCGCUGAUCGAAGCCCCUUAUAUCCCAGUGACGACAAUUACAAACGCCGUAAAUUGAUUAAGCCACAACAUGUUUUUUUUUUAAUGUCCUUUUAAGAAAUAUUUUAAGUGAUUUCCUCCAACUAAAGAAGGAAACAAAAUCAAUAUAUAUAUAUAGAGAGAAAAUAGCCUCCAUCUGGCGCGAAAUGUUGCACGGAUAUUGGACCGUUUUAGAAUUGAAAUAGUAGACGCAAGGUUUGGAAACUGAGAAACAUCCCUCUGUCGGGGUAUCUCUUCGGAUUUUUCCUAGUUUUAGCUUGGACAUAUUUUAAUCACGUGAUGCAUUGAGACGAAUCGCGCGCGAGCAAAACUUUUUAAUGAAUUAUAAUAGGUAAUGUCUUGUGUUUCAUUUCCUCUAUAAUUUUCCUUUUUUCUCCCCCAAAAAAGAUUGGUCCCGAGAAGCCAAACUCCCUGAGUGGGAUUGUAAUAAUCGACCAGUUUACUUUCAGUCACUUCCUUCACAAUUGAUGACUCGAUUUUCGUUUGCUUGAAGAACGUAAAUUUAUGAAAUCCCUGCCAAAGUUGACCACAACAGCUGUGAAGAUCAAUGCAAUAACGCAGUUCCUCGGCAUUUAAAGAAUUCAGUAUAUUUUCUGACCACAAUAAUUGCGAAAUUCAAAGCGAUUGCGUAAUUCCUCGGCAUUCCUGAUGACUUUCGCUGAAUUUUGACGUAACGCACACUUUCUAAUUAUUCGACUGUAUUCAUUUCAGGUCACAGUAGUCUACAAAGUAUAGCGAGUGUGUGUUCAAUUUUUUCUCCUUUGUUUCGUCUCUGAAGGGCUCCUUUCGCGGGGAAACAGUGAAACUAUCACGCAGUACCGCGACCCAGCACCCGUGAACUCCUGAACCUCCGUACUUCCUAGCGUAUUGCAUAAACGCAUUGCACACUGCUGAGAAAUGCUCUUGCACACACAAGAUCUGGUUGAACUCUGCCAUUCUUGCAGACUGAAGGCCAAGUGAAACCUUACAUAUAGCGGAAAUUCAAUUAGACACAUAAAAUAGAGUUUACACACUCUAUUUUUAUCUGAAUAUUAGAAGCCAGGUUGAAUGAUAUCAUAAAUACCGUCUCGUGCUAAGUGAUUAUCUAAGCCAAUAAUUGGAUCAGCCUGUCUGUCGUCGCGACCGGAGCAAACUUCUGCUCGAUAGGAAAUUUCACCCGUAAACAAUCGGCCUUUUUCCCAUAACACGACCAACUUACGUAC